CAUAGUAGCCUGUUAAAUUGUGCGUUUUGGUGCCUCUUAUCACUUGUCAUUUUUGCUUUUAAUUUAUUUCGUUUUCUGCUGUUUUAUAAUUUAUGUUAGACAGAAGAACAAUGCCUUCUAAUAAUUCAAGAGAUGGCUUUAAAGUGCUAAUGAAAUUACGGCCAAAUGAAAUUACCGAUGAAAAGCAGCCAGCAUUUUACCUGCAACGUCCAAAAAUCCUUACUAUUUAUUCUUGCCGUUACGACAGCAUUAGCAACGACGUGCAUCUUCCAUACUUUAAAAAGCCAACAUCAUAUCCGUUGGAUUUAAAUGAAGGAUUCGAUCAAUUCAUCUUCAGGCAGAAUAAAAAAACUAGGCUUCGUAAGGUAGAAAAAUUCAUUAUGGAGAACGAAGAAAAUAUUUUGCAGCCGGAUGCACAUACACCGUCCGGAUCUGGGCAGACACAAAACAAUUCUAAACGCAAAGUGAUUUUAUGUCAGCGUGGAGUGUUGACAGACAUUAUGCAAACACCUUAUCAUCUAAAUGCAUCCCCUUCUAAUAAUAAGACGUUUUGUGUUACGAAGUAUUGUGGUGUAUUUCACAUGCAAGAACCAGAAACGAUAACUAAUUUUACACAAAUAGAUACAUACCAUCAGAAAUUUAUGCAAUACUGCUUUUCUGAUGAUCCCAAUUCGGAACCUGAAACGGAUAAACCUGUUGAUGACAAUAACCAAAUUUUUUGUAUCAUUAAAACAUCAGUGAAAGAGUUCGAUCUAAUCUACUCCGCAGAGAUCGCAGGUAUUGUGUCUGAUCGGAAGAUCGAAAACACUCAUAGUAUGGAAGAAAUGAAUAAACUUCGAUUCAUAUUGACUAAGCAAUUGAAUACAAAUGGAAUUAUGGGAGAUUAUUUAAAUCAACGAAAGUGUUUGCGCUGGUGGCUGCAGGCGUACUUGGCUAAGACAAGCGACGUUUGCAUAGGCCUGAGGGAUCAAAACGGUAUUGUGCGCACUCCAGUACAAAUCAAGCGAGCUGAGGAUAUAGCAAAAAAUCGCAAGUGGAAACCGCAUGUCUGUAUUCGUUUUCUACACUCCGUACUAAAGUUGGUAGAAAAAACAAUGACGCAGGUAGAUUGUCCAUAUACAGUCUACGAGUUUAUGUAUGACUCCAUCACAAGAUGUAUUAAAUUGAAAGUCCAUGUUGGCAAAACAGUUCUCUCUUUCCUGUCAGAUGAUUAUAUUAGGAAAUGUAAACAGUCUGCUUCUCACUAAAAACAUUUUACAUAGAAUUACCAUAAUAUUCAUGCAUACAGCACGUAUUACACGUAUGUCAUUAUAAUGGAACGCCUAUUUAUCAUUAGUAUCUGUACAAAGAAAUUUUUAUGCAUUAAAGGUUUUAUUCAGAA